AUUUGAAAUUAUAUUUCAAAGGCUAGUAGUGGGGGUAUUUUUGGCAUCUUAAAAAAAAGUAAAGGCGUGUUUGGUUAGAAACAAAUAUAAAGAAAUAAAACCCCACUCGUAAAUUCGACGCCCACUCUCUCUCCCUUAACACGACCAAAAGAGAGAGAAACGCCGAAGAGAAGGUUUUUGGCAAAGCGAAAGAUAGAAGCGAAUUAUAAAGAGUGAACCAACCAGCCACUCAGCCAGUGUUUGUAGUCUUUGUUUAUUUAUCCUUUAUAAAUCCUUCCUAUUCAAAACAAUAACGGUUACGGGAAAAGACCGUUGAAAUCAUUCCCGCCAUGGUGGCUCAGCAAGACCAUCACCAAAACCAACACCACCAGGAGCCACAAACCUCUUCAGACCACUUAGUCAAGACACAGUCUCUGAUCUGUGCCCUUAACUUCGUGUCUCGUGACCUCCCUCUUCCUCCUGACCUCUUCAAUACCGUCCGCUCUAUCUAUUCUGAUGAUCAAAAUGCCGACAAUGGCAGUCUUGGCAGUGCGGCCCAUGGUGAGAGCGGAUUGCAGGAUAACCAUGGGAUCCUGGUUGGGGGAGAUUUGAUGAUGGAAUUUGAGGAUGCACUAUCAAAGCAAAGGUCUAAUUGCAUGUCAGGUUCUUUGUUGAUGGAAUCAAGGGAAAAACGAUAUCAAGGCCAUAUUCUUCAUCGCGUACAUGAACUGGAAGAACUGCCUUCAACCAGAGGUGAGGACCUGCAGACGAAGUGCUUACUUGAACUUUAUGGACUAAAGCUUGCAGAGCUGCAAAAGAAAGUACGAUCUGAAGUGAGUUCAGAGUAUUGGCUUCGCUUGAAUUGUACAUCUCCUGAUAAGCAAUUGUUUGACUGGGGUAUGAUGAGAUUGCGACGCCCUUUAUAUGGUGUGGGAGAUGCUUUUGCUACAGAAGCUGAUGAUCAAUUCAGAAAGAAACGGGAUGCAGAGAGGCUUUCAAGGUUAGAAGAAGAAGAAAGGAACCAUAUAGAGACUAGAAAAAGAAAAUUUUUUACUGAAAUACUUAAUACAGUCCGGGAAUUCCAAUUGCAAGUUCAGGCUUCCCUUAAACGUAGGAAGCAAAGGAAUGACGGUGUCCAGGCAUGGCAUGGGAGGCAAAGGCAACGUGCUACUCGGGCUGAAAAACUGAGGUUCCAAGCCUUGAAGGCUGAUGAUCAAGAAGCUUAUAUGAGAUUAGUAAAGGAGAGCAAAAAUGAACGACUUACAAUGCUUCUUGAAGAAACAAAUAAGCUCCUAGUUAAUUUGGGGGCUGCAGUUCAGCGUCAGAAAGAUGCAAAGCCUUCAGAUGGUAUUGAACCCUUAAAAGAUUCGGAAACUGAUUCUCCCGAGUUGGAUCCUUCAAGGAACGAAAGCCCAGGGGAUACACCUGAGGAAGAUGCAGACAUCAUUGACUCUGAUCGCAAUGAUGACAAUAGUGAUUUACUUGAAGGUCAGAGGCAGUAUAACUCAGCUAUUCAUUCAAUUCAGGAGCAGGUAACUGAGCAGCCAGCCAUGCUUCAAGGUGGACGAUUAAGGACAUACCAAUUAGAAGGGCUUCAAUGGAUGCUUUCUUUGUUCAACAACAAUUUGAAUGGAAUUUUAGCAGAUGAGAUGGGGUUGGGAAAAACAAUACAAACUAUUUCAUUGAUUGCAUAUCUGAAGGAGAAAAAAGGUGUUUCUGGGCCGCACUUGAUAGUGGCUCCAAAGGCUGUACUACCCAAUUGGAUCACUGAAUUCUCAACUUGGAUUCCCGAGGAUGAGAUUAAAGCUAUUCUUUAUGAUGGACGUCUAGAUGAAAGAAAGGCAUUAAGAGAACAGUUAUCAAGAGAUGGAAAUUUUGAUGUGCUAAUCACACACUAUGAUCUAAUCAUGAGAGAUAAAGCAUUUUUGAAAAAAAUACCCUGGCAUUACAUGAUCGUUGAUGAAGGGCAUCGAUUAAAGAAUCACGAGUGUGCUCUUGCGCGAACUCUUGUCUCUGGCUACCAGAUUCAGCGUAGACUUCUACUAACUGGAACUCCAAUCCAGAAUAGCUUACAGGAAUUAUGGUCCCUGCUUAAUUUUCUCCUUCCAAAUAUUUUCAAUUCAGUUCAGAACUUUGAGGAGUGGUUCAAUGCUCCUUUUGCAGAUAGAGGUGACGUUUCUCUUACUGAUGAAGAGCAGUUGUUGAUCAUUCGGCGUCUGCAUCAUGUUAUCAGACCAUUUAUAUUGAGAAGGAAAAAAGAUGAAGUGGAGAAAUACCUUCCUGGGAAAUCCCAAGUUAUUCUGAAAUGUGAUAUGUCAGCAUGGCAGAAAGUUUACUACCAACAAGUUACUGAAAUGGGCAGAGUUGGUCUACAUACUGGCACUGGGAAAUCAAGAAGUCUACAGAACCUGUCCAUGCAGCUCAGAAAGUGUUGUAAUCACCCAUACCUUUUUGUUGGAGAAUAUAAUAUGUGGCGUAGAGAAGAAAUCAUGAGAGCUUCUGGAAAGUUUGAACUACUUGAUCGUUUACUACCAAAACUUCGAGCAACUGACCACAGAGUGCUGCUUUUCUCACAAAUGACCCGUCUUAUGGACAUUCUUGAAAUUUAUUUGCAACUGCAUGAUUAUAAAUAUCUUAGACUUGAUGGGUCAACAAAAACUGAGGAGAGAGGAACAUUGCUGAAGCAAUUCAAUGCUCCAGACUCUCCUUACUUCAUGUUUCUCUUGAGCACUCGUGCUGGAGGGCUUGGGUUGAAUUUACAAACAGCUGACACGGUAAUAAUAUUUGAUAGUGAUUGGAAUCCUCAAAUGGACCAACAAGCAGAAGAUCGUGCACAUCGUAUUGGACAAAAGAAGGAAGUUAGGGUCUUUGUGUUGGUUAGUGUUGGAUCAAUAGAAGAGGUAAUUUUGGAACGUGCAAAACAGAAGAUGGGAAUUGAUGCCAAAGUUAUACAGGCAGGACUUUUUAACACAACUUCCACAGCUCAGGACAGAAGGGAGAUGUUGGAAGAGAUCAUGCGCAGAGGAACAAGCUCACUUGGAACAGAUGUACCAAGUGAAAGAGAAAUUAACCGCCUUGCAGCCAGAUCGCCAGAAGAGUUCCGAAUUUUUGAGGAGAUGGAUAAGGAGAGAAGGCAAAAAGAGAAUUAUAGAUCUCGUCUCAUGGAAGAACAUGAGGUACCUGAAUGGGCAUAUCCUGCGCCUGAUAAGGAAGAUAAACCCAAAGGGUUUGAUCCCAAUAAUACUGCUGUCUUAGGAAAGCGGAGGAGGAAGGAGGUAACUUAUGCUGAUACAUUGAGCGAUUUACAAUGGAUGAAGGCUGUGGAAAGCGGUCAAGAUGUAUCAAAGCUAUCGAUUAAAGGAAGGAGACGGGACCAUCCUCCGUCUGAGGGCAAUGAAUCAGCUAGUACUAGUGCAGGAACAGACAAAAAAGCUAUGGGAUUGAGGAAUGAAAUCAUGCCUACAGCAAGCGACGGGACAAGUGAGGAUACUUUUGGUUCAGCCCCAAGGAGAUCCAAGCCUGAUGGAGCAGUUACUGAGACCCCUGAAUAUCAGGGUGUAGAAAAAUCUCAACAUCAAGUUAUCAGAGGAAGCAAUUGGAGUGGGCACGUAUUUUCAUGGAAUACCCAUAAGAAGAAGAGGUCUAGAUAUGCAGUCCAAAGUUCAUCAUCUGAUUCCAGAGGGUAUAAUUCCAAUGGAAGAGGAAAUGGCUGGGUUUGAGUUACUAAUAAAAUUCCAUGAUCUGUUGCACAUGAAGCUUGAAUGACCGGUGGCCUGAGAAAUCACCUGUCCAACUGGUUGCUCCUCGAUGAGGCCCACUUCAUUUCUGUUCAAGCAUCUGCAACUUCGCCUGCACAAGUCAGAAGCUGAUGUAACAUUAACCAAUUUAUGAAAUGCUCCCCUCCUUGUUUCUAUUGGCUUUCCAUAGGGACUGCUUCAGAUUAGACGAGGAAUGCAAAGCUGUGGCAAUCUUCUAUUUAUCCUACUGUAAUUUUAGCUAGAAUGUUAUGCUUUCCUAAUUCAUCAACUGUGCCUUUGAUUUUUAUUCUGGCUUUUCAAGGGCCAAUUUUUUUGAAGUUGGAUGCCUACCUGGCAGUAGCAAGUACAUUAAAACA